AUGGAAGCCUCCACAGUAUCACGGCUUCUCAGCAGCAAUGCAGGUGGUGGUGGUGCCUCAUCCAUUGCCCCCUCCCAGGCUGCCAGCUUUAUGAAUGAUGCUAUCGAGAAGGCCCGCGAGGCUGCUGAGCUCCAGGCACGCAUCCAGUCCCAUUUAGCCCUGAAACCUGGUAUCCUCGGAGCAUUGGGAAACACUGGGCCUCACAACCUAGUGGCACUAGCUAAUCUACACGCCAUGGGAAUUGCUCCACCGAAAGUGGAAGUCCAGCAGGUGAAUAAGCCAACACCUCUUAUCCUGGAUGAUUUGGGAAGAACUGUGGAUGCAAGUGGCAAAGAGGUUGAACUCACACAUCGCAUGCCCACACUAAAAGCUAACAUUCGAGUUGUGAAGAGAGAGCAGUUCCGUCAGCAGCUGAAGGAGAAGCCUGGUGAAGACAUUGAGUCCACGUCCUACUUUGACCAACGUGAUUUUAUAACACCAGCUCAACGCCCUCACAGGGGCUUCAAGUUCCAUGACCAGGGGCGCUUCGAGAAGAUUGCUCAGAGAAUUAGAACUAAGGCCCAGUUAGAAAGGUUGCAGAAUGAGAUUGCCCAGGCAGCAAAGAAGACAGGAAUCCAGGCGUCCACCAAGCUCGCCCUGAUUGCACCCAGGAAGGAGAUCGGAGAAAAGGAGGUGCCCAACAUUGAGUGGUGGGACUCUUUCAUCCUGCCCAGCAACGUAGACUUUAGAACCGAAACAAAUUUUGAACAGCUGGAGUUAUUUGGUGUGACCAACCUUGUAGAACAUCCUGCACAAAUUAACUCCCCAGAUCCUCCGGCUGGGAUCCGUCCUCCGGCUCUGCAGUGGCCGCUCAGUAUUCAGCUCAGCGCCACAGCGGACGACGGCCGGGGAAAAGAAAUACGACUCGGCUGUCACACUUGGCUGAUGUCCCUGUGCUCCUCAUCUCUCCACCUCCUCCUCCUCCCCACCCCCACCCCCCCCCUGCUUCGCUCUCCGUGGCUCGAUAUCUAA